GGUGCAUGGGCCGGGCCGGCAGCUCCGGACUCCGGCAUUGCCCGGCAUUGACACGGGAGCCGCUCCGGCAGCGCCAUGGAGCCGGGAUCCCGCUGACCGUCCCUCUCCCUCUCCCUCUCCCUCUGCGCUGGGGAACAACCGGGGAGCAGAGAGCACCAGACUCGGAGGACCGCUUGGAGGACAACUCGGCCUUUUUUACGCCGGUGACGGACGCUUACCAUGGCACUGGUGGCAGAGAACGGCAAUGGCGGCUCGGAUUGGCAGAAGCGGUGUGUGGUGCUGGAGUCCCAGCUCUACAGGUUCCGGCUGCAGGCGUGCAAGAUCCGUGAGCUGCUGGCCGAGAAGAUGCAGGAGUUGGAAAAGCGAGUGAUUGAGGCAGACGAGCGGGCUGAGACUGCGGAGAAACAGGUCCAGGCUUUAAAGGAGAAACUGAAAGCAGCCAAUAUCCAGACCAGUGAAUCAGAGAAUAGUUUACUCAGAAGGUACCAUGAGAUGAGCAACACACUGCAGGAAAAGGACGACGUGAUUCAGAGGCUGGAGCAGCAGUUGGAGGAACAGAAUAAGCUGAGAGGUCAGGAGGCGAAGAUAAUUGAAGAGAAGGCAGCCAAAAUCAAGGAGUGGGUGACGUUUAAGCUAAGAGAACUGGAAUUCGAAAACUAUCAACUCAAGGUGACCACUUGCAAGCAAGCUGAACAAAUCCAAGCCCUGCAGAACAAGAUUCAAGAUUUGCAAGACAAGAGGCCGGUCACCGAUCUGACCGAAGCCCCCGGGCCAGCGACGACUCGGGCCCCCGAUUCACUCGAGAAGCCCCACCAGGCGGCUGAUGGCAGGAAGGAGCCUCGGCAGGAGGGGAGCGACCCGCGAGGGUGCCGGGCGGUGGCGGAGGAAGCGGGCGGCACAGCCGGGGCGGUGAGUCGGGGGAGCUGCAACGUGACCCAGGCGUCGGCAGGACCCGGGCUGCUGGAUGGGGAGUCGCAGGUCUUGGUGGACAAAGAUACCUGCAGGACCGCCUCCGGCCACCAGGGCGGGUUGGCCCCAGUGACUGCUCCGCAGAAGGACGCUCCAUCCGGUGGACACGACGGCAGGCUCCGCUCCCCGAGGCUGGACUCUUCCGCUUCCCACAGCCAGACGAUCGUGCCGGGCCCCAACACGCCCGCGCAUACACUGUCCCUGCCGGGAUCGCCCGGCCCCAAAGCCUCCCUGACCCUGGCCGCCAAGGAGAACAGCGUGGGCACCAGCAUGACCCUGCCCAAGGUGAGGACUCCACUGGUGCCCAGGGACAGCAUCCAGCUGGCCAAGAAGCACUACAGCCAGCCACAAGCCGGCGCGGACAGGCUCCACCAUGUGGUCUCCAUCAACAUCUCCACCUUCAAGCCCGUGGCUGUCCCGCCGCCGCCCGUACGGGUGCAGGAGACCGACAUCGACGAUGUCCCCGAGCAGAUGGAGACGGAGGAGUCCGCUGCAGAGCAGGACCUUGCCCGUCAGCACCCGCCCGCUGUCUCCAGGGAGCUGCCCGAUACCCACUGUGCCAAGCGUGUCUCCACCAGCCAGCCCCCACCUCCUCCACUGCAUCGAUUCCCUUCAUGGGAGGGUCGAAUCUACGCCCUGGCUAAAUCGGGCAUGAGGAUGUCGGAAGUGACCUUUGGAUCCAGUCCCUCCAGGAGACUGUCGAACCUUCCUGCGAAUCUCACGUCUGGCCCCUUCGCUCACCUCAUCUACAAGAACGUGACCGUUCCUGUCUACACCACCUUGAAAGGGAAGGCCACACAGAUCAGCAACGUUCCCUUCCCCGAGGAGUCCUCGGGAUCGGAUGAUGACAGCAGCUCCCAGGCCAGCUUCCGAACGUCCACCGCGGGAUCCGAGUCCAGGAAAACCAAUGGCCCCGGGAGUCCCAGAGCCGUGAAAAGAGGUGUCUCCAUGUCCUCGGUCAGCUCGGAAAGCGAUUACGCCAUCCCUCCUGACGCCUGUUCGGUGGACAGCGACUACUCCGAGCCCGAGCACAAGCUCCUCCGGACCUGCUCCGUCUACUCUGCUGAGAGCAACAGCAAUGAGCCGUUAGAAAAGUCUGGAUACCUGCUGAAGAUGGGAGGCCAAGUCAGGACGUGGAAGAGACGAUGGUUUAUGCUGAGGAACAGCGAGAUCCUGUACUACAAGUCACCCAGUGAUGUCAUCAGGAAGCCCCAGGGCCGGAUCGAGCUCAGCUCCUCCUGUCGUGUCGUGCGUGGGGAGGGAGCACAGACCUUCCAGCUGGUGACGGAGAGCCGGACGUACUUCCUGACGGCGGACUCGCCCAACAUCCUGGAGGAGUGGAUCCGGGUGCUGCAGAACCUGCUGAAGGUGCAGCUGGCCAGCCCCGCAGCUGCCGCCGCUGCUGCCACACGGGCCCAGUGGAAGCCCUCCGCCCACGGCUGGCUCACCAAGGUGAGACACGGAUACUCCAAGCUGGUCUGGUGCUCUCUCAUCGGGAAAACGUUCUAUUACUUCAGGAAUCAGGAUGACAAGUUUCCCCUGGGUCAUCUGAAGGUGAGAGAGGCGAAAGUGGAAGAAGUAGACCGCUCCUGCGACUCCGACGAGGAUUACGAGGCAGGAGGUCGAGGAUUCCUCUCCUCCCACUUCACCCUGGUCAUUCGCCCAAAGGAUCAGAGCCCGACUUAUCUGCUGAUCGGAACAAAGCAGGAAAAGGACACCUGGCUCUACCAUUUGACUGUGGCUGCUGGGAGCAGCCGCUCCAGAGUUGGCACAGAGUACGAGCGGCUCAUUGGGAGGCUGCUGGACGUCGACGGGCAGGCGUAUUCUCCUAUCUGGAAGCACGCGGUCCUAUGCUGCAGUAAAGACGGCAUCCUCAACGCCCUCACCACCCUUCCCUCUGACGCACUGCAGACUGAAGCACUGAAACUCUUCAAGUCAUGCCAAUUGUUCAUCAAUGUGCUGGUGGAAGCGCCCUCGAUUGACUACCACGUGUCACUGGCUCAGAACGCACUUCAGGUUUGCCUGACGCACACGGAGCUACAGAACGAAAUCUACUGUCAGUUCAUUAAACAAACCAGCAACAGGCAGCCGCACAACUUCUCCCUCAUCCAGUGUUGGCAGCUGCUGGCGCUGUGCGUCGCUCUUUUCCUUCCCCAACAUCACUUCCUGUGGUAUCUCAAGCUUCACCUCCAGCGACACGCGGACCCCAGGACGGAGAUAGGUAAAUACUCCAUAUACUGCCAGAGGUCGGUGGAACGUACGCUGCGGAAUGGGGACCGUGAAGCGAAGCCGUCUCGGAUGGAGAUAAUGUCGAUCCUCCUACGAAACCCUUAUCACCACUCUCUGCCGUUCAGUAUCCCUGUCCAUUUCAUGAAUGGAACUUACCAGGUUGUGGGGUUUGAUGGUUCCACCACAGUCGAGGAAUUCCUGCACACAUUGAAUCAGGAGAUCGGGAUGCGCAGACCAUCGCAGUCGGGAUUCGCACUCUUCACAGACGAUCCAUCUGGAAAGGACUUGGAGCACUGUCUACAAGGCACUGUCAAGAUUUGUGAUGUUAUUUCCAAAUGGGAACAAGCCCUGAAAGAACUCCACCCUGGGAAAUAUGAGAGCAACAGGAUAGUGAGGCUGAUGUACAAGAGCCGGAUGUAUUUCAGAGCCCAGGCAAAGGGAGAAACAGAGCGGGAGCGCCUCCUGCUGACUCACCAGGUCAAUGACGAGGUGGUGAAUGGCCGAUUCCCCGUCAGUAAGGACCUGGCCUUGGAGGUGACUGCGUUAAUGGCACAGGUGGAGUACGGGGAUCUGGCCCGCCCGGCCCCUUCCAGCCCCGGGGGAAGCUCCCAGUCCAAGAUGCAACAGUUUCUGCAGCAGGUUCUGGAGAAAUUCUACCCCAAGCACUACAGACAAGCCUGCACCCCCGAGCAGCUCAAGCGGCUGUCUGACAGACUGGCGACCAAGUGGAUGUUACUGGGGGGCUGCAGCGGUGCCGACUGCGUGCGCAUCUACCUGACCGUGGGGCGGAAGUGGCCGCUCUUUGGAGCGAAACUCUUCGCUGCCAAGCCCGUUGCGCCUUCGCCUCUUGAAGAGAAGCCCGUGUGGUUAGCUGUGAAUGAAGAUGGCAUUAACAUCCUGGAGUGCAGCACAAUGCAUCUUGUGCUAAAUUACUCCUACCCGUCCAUCAUGACCUUUGGAGGCUAUCGUGAUGACUUUAUGAUUGUCGUCAGCAAUCCCAAGGAUGGAAGCCCGACCAAGACCACUAUAGAGAAGCUAGUAUUUGCCAUGGCCAAGCCGAAGAUCCUGGAGCUGACUCUGACGCUGGCCAGCUACAUAAACUACAGUAGCUGCCACAUGCAGGCCGUCCCGUCCAGCUCCUCGCCGCCGGCCGCCUUCCCCUGCAGCAAUGUGUGGGAGAUGGACAGCAAACUCUCCCCGAGCACCACGCGGACCACCCAGGGUCCAACCCUGCUCUGACCGGCAGCCAACGCCAUUCGAGGACAAACCACUUGGACACUUCAAAUGGUGCACGCUGCACUCUUGCGCCCGAACCUUGUUGCGGUUGUGUGUAUUUAUGUCUUGAAUAGUGUUUAGAUUUUUUUUUUAAUUGAUACAUCAGUAGCAAGUUGUGGGUCUCCUUUGGGCCAUCGAUGCUGAGGCUGGUCCACAUUCAGCAAACUGGAGCGCUACAGGCUGUUUCCAUGGGCACCAUCCACUGGGAGAGGUGCCCUCCCCUUCGGGAAGGAUGCCCCCAUUGGGAAGAACCCUUCUCCAUGGGCCCAUUCCACCCCCUUGCAUUCAUUCCAAACCAGAGCCAUCGGCCGUUCCCCCAACUGGAGCUCUCCCAGUUAUGGGUGUGAAUGCCACGGACAAGGCCACGGACAAGGAACAUUGCUGCUAAAUUAUUUUUGAGUCCAAGACUAUGAAGUUCCAGCAGGAACUGGAUACCUGUGGAUGACAGCAACACAUGGGUGGCAGCUGCAACAAGGCCCAGAACCUACUGCCACUAACGCCCCACAUCCCAGCAAAUGUAUCACCAGCACAGUCGGUGAACUGGUCCCAAAACCUGUGGAAACUGCAGUGUCUACUCCCCUUCAGAUAUAACCGAUCCGAUGUACGGCAAUGUCACAUGUUGCUUUAUAACCAUGAGAGUUCAUUGGAGGGGAAGAAAAACUACGGAAGGUCGACUAUUAAACGACAGGGGAUAUUUGAGGCCAUUGAGGGGCUGCCUUGUAGGGUCUCUGGACUAAACCGAACAAUCCCUUGUCUAUCCCCCCCACCCCCACAGCAGCACCUGAUACAACACACCGUUCCCUUGUUGACAUGUGCCAUUGAGGUACAAGAGACACUGGAGUGACCCUCUAAGUAGAGAGGGUGUCAACUGCACUGUGUAAGUGUUCAACACUUCAUAGAGCAAUAGUAAGUAAGAUCAAAGGCUGGCCUCGUAAUGGUAUCUAAUGCAGCAACUGAGUUCAUAAAUCAUUGCCUCCAUUGGAUCUAAUCUUCUUCUUAUCGAGUCCACACACAGGUUGUCCAGUCAGAGCUGAACGCACUUCUCGGCAUCUGUAUACAAUGGUGUCUGUCUUGUGCUUCUUGUGCGUGGUGGUGGAAAGAUUGGUGGAAACAGGGCCGUGACGUGAAUGCUCUUUCCUUGACCCCAUUGGAUCUAAUCAAAGUGGCCUUGGGUUUGUGGCAGGGAUUGUUAUAAGCUUUACCUUGCCCAACCUCGUGUUUUGUCCCUCAUAUCACGAGAUGCUGCUACUGCCCAGGCACAGCCAUCUCACGUUGGAUAUGGUUACGGGUGAUUGAGAGAGUCUGGUGUCCUUGAUAAAAGGGCAUUACUGAACCAGUACUUCUCACAAGGGGGAAGCAUUCAUUACCAGAGCCAGCUCACAUGAAGAGUUUCAACCCGAAACUCUUUCCACAGAUGCUGCCUGACCCACUGAGUUCCUUUAGCAGCUUAAUGUUAGAUCCAAAACUCAUCACUGAUGAAUUUUUAAAUUUUCUGGGAAUCAUGACUUAGACUUUAACACUGUUACCUCCUUUGCAUUUCAUUAUAGGGCCUUGAGUCAGGCUCCCAUAAAGGAGUACUGGAUUAUCUAAGGUGAGAUGCUAAACUAUGGUCACUCUGCAUGCUUGGAUGAACAAAAUCCCCUGAUACUGAUUAUUAUUUAUCAUUCACUGUGCAUCUGUGUGACAUUUGUUAUAUUUGCUGUUUGUGGGAUUUCACUGUGUACAAGUUGACUGUUGAGUUUCAUCUUAAACUUACAAUCACAUCAAAAGUGCUUUGCGGCUGUAAAGUGCACUGAGGCAUCUUGGGGUCAAAAAACCUGUUUUGUAUCAGUAAUUUUUGUUGUUUCUGCAUCCAUACCAAGGGUUGGAUGUUAUUGGAAGAUAGUGGACAGAAGGCUGUAGGAAACCCUUGGGGCUGAAAGAAAAGUUUCCAUUUGCACAAUGCCUAUCACGCCCCCAGGGAGUCAGUCCCACAACUCAGCCUCUGAAGGUAGGCUGUGGUAAAAUAGGGGAAGGUGUUAUCUCAGUGUCGUGAUUUAUUUUCCAUUGACGAACGUGAGUACUGACAAUCACGUAGAAGCCUCCUACAACCAACGUCACCUCCCUACCUAAAUGGGGAGGUGCAAUACAUUCAAUACGCACAUUGAUAUGCAGGGAUACAGAUUACCUGCAGGUAGAGAUUCAUUUAACUUGGCAUAGUGUUUGGCAUAGACAUUGAUCUGAAGGGCCAGUUCCUGCUCUGUACUGUUCUAUGAUACAUAUCUGCCUGUGUAAAUGAGUUAUUUUUGUG